AUUGAAUUUUCUAUACAGUUUUGUCAUAAAAUCCAUCGAGUAAGGAGUGACGCGUGUUUUCACGGCAAAGAGUGGAUAUUAUUCGUACGCGUGUUGUUUUUUUUUUACUUUUUUCAAUGUGCUACUCUUACCGAAGAUAUAUUUAUCUUGAUUCGCCGUGAGGCAACGCUUGGCACUUCUGGGAGCUAUACCCAUAUCGUCCGCUGGUUGAAUGCGCGAGUCGCGGUCAUAUUCGUGGAAAGCCAAAUGAAUGUAACUUCGUGUGAUAAUGUGAUAUAUUGUACGUGGAAAUUACAGCAACACCAUCGAUGGAUGCAAGCAAUGUUUCGAAUAUGCAGAAGAGCAGCAGCUAGCAACAGCACGGCAAUAGUUGAGUCGAGUAUAAUCGCUGAGUGAGUGGUUGGUGGAUAGUUCGAGGAUGAAAAUAAAGCAAAUUUACGCGGCGGAAAAGUGUUUUAGUACUUUUCUGUGAUUGGCUCGAAAAUAGCGAAGAAUAAAGAAAAGUGCCCUCGAAUAAAAUGAAACCGGAAGAAAAAUGAACGAAAAUAGUGGAGGCUGCAGCAACAGGCAUAAUAUAAUUAUCUUCUCACUAGUGAAAUAGUUUUGAUGAGUUGUUUCUGUUGCCGCGGAUCCGCGUGCAGUGCAGUGAACGAGCGGUGCACCGGAGCGCAUCCGCAAAGUGUGUCCGAUAGUGGGGCGCGGCUUGCGGAAGCAAAUCAACGAAAAAAGUGCGGUUGUAGAUUCGAGCGGAAAUCGGUUGACGGAGUAGAAAAUAACUUCCGGCCACGCGCUACCGUACCGGGGCAAACCCGCUGCCGGUGGUCCUGACGUGGUUCCCGGAUCGAUAGUACCAGUGGCCAUCGGGGCCGCGGCUGGCGGUAGACAGCGUUCUACGGCAUGGAGCGCAAACGUUCGAUCAGGCGGCGGCAAAAACCACCGUUUGCGGAGCGGUUAAAAGAUAACUGCCGGAGUUUCACUGCAUUUAUGUUUAGCAAUGUGGGCAUUAUUUUUUUAGUCGUCCUAUACAUGAUUGCGGGUGCGUUCAUGUUCAUCGCGAUCGAAGGUAAUGAAGCUUUAGAAAGGUUUGCUCAAAUACCGUCCAAGAGAGUCGAGACUGCCAUGCGACUGUGGCAGAUAUCCUGCUGUGAGGUGAAUGUGUUCAACAAAAGCGUGUUCGAGGAAAGAGUAGGAGAAGAAAUACGCGCCUACCAGGAGAAGAUUGUGCUGUGGGCCCGCCGCGGCUGGCAGGGAAGCGACAUCACGCUGGAAAGCGACACGCAAUGGUCCUUCUCCGGAGGAUUCCUGUAUUCCCUUACAGUCAUCACCACGAUUGGCUACGGCAACAUAGUUCCACGGACGGAGUGGGGCAAAAUUGCAACGAUAUUUUACGCAAUCAUAGGAAUGCCACUGUUCCUUCUGUAUCUUUCCAACAUAGGUGAUAUUCUGGCUAAAUCGUUCAAAUGGAUCUACGCCAAGUUUUGUUUGUGCAGAGUAUGUCCGGGUGUAGCCCGACGGCGUGCCCUCCGAGCCAGACGAAGAGCAAGGACUGAGGAACGUGACUGCCAGUCGGAACUGGGUGAUAACGGGUUCGACACUGCCACCAUCACCACCUCCAACGUGGAGGACGAAAUCGAGGAAGAAAUCACUGCCGAGACGAACACUGUAACCGUUCCAAUUACAAUUUGUAUAAUGAUAAUGAUCGGAUAUAUAUUUUUCGGUGCUCGGCUAUUCGCAGACUGGGAAAAUUGGGAUAUUCUAGAUGGAAGCUAUUUCUGCUUCAUUUCACUCAGCAGCAUAGGAUUCGGAGACAUAGUACCUGGUGCUUCGCUGCAAACGAAAGGUGACACCCAGAUGGAAAUCAGCUUUAUCCUGUGCGCCAUUUAUCUGCUGCUCGGCAUGGCCCUGAUAGCUAUGUGCUUUAAUCUAAUGCAGGAACAAGUCAUCUACAAAAUACGAUCCUUGAAAAAAUGCGUCCGUGGCUGUUUCCAGUGUAAGAAAAACGUACCACCGCCUAGCGAUGAUGAAUCCGAAAGCUGAGAAGAACAUGAGAUUAAAUCGGGGCUUGGUCAAAGUUGUUGAAAAAGCGUGCUUUGGGCCUCAAAUUUCCGGAAACUAAUUCUAACCCCUAGACUUUAAGAUCGCAGCGAUUAAAGACAAUGUGAGACAGUUGUUAAGUUUUAUUCUCCUAAUUGAUGUAAAUAAUUUUCAGUAAAUCUCAUUUUUCUCUAAUCGAUAUUUCAGAGUGAAUAACAAAUAAGUCCAUUCGUCGUAAGGGAAUUCGGAUCUUAACGAUUGUUCAACAUUCCAAUGGAUAAAAGCAGUUGAUUUUCGCUUGAAACUGUAUUU